AGUAAGAAUGGCACGUACCAAGCAGACCGCUCGCAAGUCCACAGGAGGAAAGGCCCCUCGCAAGCAGCUGGCCACCAAGGCAGCUCGCAAGUCCGCCCCAGCCACCGGAGGAGUCAAGAAGCCCCAUCGCUACAGGCCAGGAACCGUUGCUCUUCGUGAGAUCCGUCGCUACCAGAAGAGCACCGAGCUUCUCAUCCGCAAGCUCCCCUUCCAGCGUCUGGUCCGUGAGAUCGCUCAGGACUUCAAGACCGAGCUCCGCUUCCAGAGCUCCGCCGUCAUGGCCCUCCAGGAGGCCAGCGAAGCUUACUUGGUCGGUCUCUUCGAGGACACCAACCUGUGCGCCAUCCACGCCAAGCGUGUCACCAUCAUGCCAAAGGACAUCCAGCUUGCCCGCCGUAUCCGUGGCGAGCGUGCUUAAAUUGUCGGCUUGACAUUAUUAAACGGCUCUUUUUAGAGCCACCAUAUUUCCAAGAAAGAACAAACUGAACUCUAAACUUUUUAUAUGUUAUGAAAUAAGAAAACAAAAUCCCUCGGCCAGCGCCGCCCCACUCAAUCUCACUAUUCUCAGACUAGGUAGGACCACCACAUUUUAGAAAGCUCUUUAUUUAUUAAUUUGUCAAUAAAAAACACAGGCCUAGGCUAAUCUGAUCGGCUUACCUUUAGAAUCCAAUGUCAUGAAUCGAUUACAAAAAUCUCUAGAUUUUAAAACGAGAAAACAACGGAUACGACGUACCGGUACUUGUUAACUUUUUUAGAAAUUACGUUUUUGAGAUAAAAGCGGAUACAUGGAUACUAAGAUACGUGGAUACACAUGGAUACGAGGAUACGUGGAUACUGGGAUACGUGGAUACUACUACCGUACUGAUAAAUGGAUACAUGGAUACGAAGAUACGUGGAUACGCGGAUACGUGGAUACUACUACCGUACUGAUAACUGGAUACAUGGAUACGAGGAUACGUGGAUACGCGGAUACGUGGAUACUACUACCGUACUGAUAACUGGAUACAUGGAUACGAAGAUACGCGGAUACGUGGAUACGAGGAUACGGGCAGCUGGGAUAAUGUUUGUGGA